AUGUUGGAGAUUGAAGCCAUGGCAGGAGCGGUGGAUAUUUCAAAUGUUAGUAAAGGGAAAAAUGAGUCGUUACUUGAAAGCAAAACCAAACGACGGAAAUGGACAAGGAGACAAAGUACUAGAAAUGCAUAUCCAAAAAAUAAAUUAGAAAAGGAGGUGGAGUGUGGAAAGAGGAACUUAGUUGACGUUAUGAUUCUUGAUGGCACCGUGGAAGCUUAUGGAAAAGGAGAGAAGAAGUUGAAAGGGCAAGAGGAGGUUGGAAGCACUUUAAUCAAAGUAUCAGAGGUGGUGUUGGAAUCUCAACACCGCCUACAACAAUAA